AUGAUUGCAGCUAGCCCCAGAUUGCGUCUGUUCUCCGCCUUGCGGCCCCCAAUCUCUGUACGCAGCUUCGCAACCGAGUCGCGGUUAACCUCGGACCAUGUCCGCAUUGUGGAGGUUGGCGCUCGAGAUGGACUGCAAAACGAAAAGAAGUCCAUUCCAAUGAAAACCAAGCUUGAAUUGAUCGAGCGACUUGCUAAGACAGGUGUUACCACCAUCGAGGCUGGCUCAUUUGUGCCCGAAAAAUGGGUACCACAGAUGGCAAGCACAGCUGAAAUUUGCGAGCAUCUUCUCACAAAGCCACCCAAAGCAUCAUCUACAAUUGCAUACAAUUACCUAGUUCCCAAUAUCAGAGGGCUGGAGAACCUGGUCAACAUCAUUGAGAAAACGGGAGUCCCUGCUGACGCGACCGGUGAGACAUCGACGGCAGCGACAACUUCGGAGAUUUCUCUUUUUGCUGCAGCAACGGAAGCUUUCUCUAAAGCCAAUACCAACUGCUCCAUUGCCGAAUCACUCGAGCGCAUCAAGCCGAUUGUAUCAUUAGCGAAGACCAAGAAUAUCCGGGUACGUGGGUAUGUGUCUGUUGCACUGGGAUGUCCCUACGAAGGUCCGGAGGUGAAUCCCGUCAAGGUAGCCGAUAUUACCGCCACUCUGUUGGAGAUGGGGGCAGAUGAAGUCUCGGUGGCAGAUACCACAGGUAUGGGCACAGCCCCCCGAACCAUGGAGCUUCUGCAAGCGCUCAAGGCUGCCGGUAUUGCUAAUACCGACUUGGCGUUGCACUUCCAUGAUACGUAUGGACAAGCUCUGGUGAACACAAUUGUCGGCUUAGAGCAUGGUGUGCGCAUUUUCGACAGUAGCGUGGGUGGACUUGGUGGUUGCCCAUAUUCCAAGGGCGCGACCGGGAACGUGGCAACGGAGGAUCUAGUGCACACAAUUCACAGCCUUGGGAUGCACACGGGGAUCAGCCUGGAGGAGAUGUCGAAGAUUGGAUCUUGGAUUAGUGGGGAGUUGGGCCGGGCUAAUGAAAGUCGGGCUGGGAAGGCCACUCUUGCUCGUCUUCUGGGAGAAAAAGCGUCGCUUUGA